AUGGAUAUUGAUGAACAAGUGGCCAUAUUUCUUCACAUUAUUGCACAUAAUGUGAAGAAUCGGGUCAUGAUAGGUCGUUUCCAGCGUUCUGGAGAAACAAUUAGCAAAAUUGUUUCGCGAGUUUGCAACGCAGUGAUAAGGUUGCAUCCACAUUUGCUUAAGAAACCGGAACCUGUUACAGAAAACUCUACAGAUCAAAGAUGGAAGUGGUUCAAGAACUGCCUAGGAGCUUUAGAUGGAACACACAUAAAAAAACGCAAAAAGGAAAAAAUUCCUAACUCUGGCAUAUUGGGUAAACCCCACAUUGAGUCAAGGAUCAAAACCAUGAAAAAAGAUUGGCAAGUUGUUUAUGAUAUGGUAAAUGGUACGAACACAAGUGGUUUUGGUUAUGAUAGCUCCACUCAUUCUGUAACAGCUGAAUCAACAGUUUGGGAUUCUUACAUACAGGUUCAUAAAGAGGCAGGAAAAUGGAGAAAUAAGAUAUUUCCUCAUUACGAGGAUUUAUGUAUCAUUUUUGGAAAAGAUAGAGCUCAAGGGAAUAAAGCUAAGGAUUUUUCCCAAAUGGAAGAAGAUGCAAAUAAUGAAGAGCAAUCAGAACAAGUAGAAGAUGUUUUUGAAGAACAAACCACAGAAAAUGAAGAAUCUCCAAACACAUGCUCAAAGAAGAGGAAAAGAGUUGAUGCAGUUAUUAAGGGAAUAACUAUUACAGCUAACACCCUUGGAGAAAAACUUGAAAAAGCAGCAAAUAGCAUGAACCAAGCAAUACUAGGAGAAACAGAAGUACAAAAAAAAGCUUCAAUGGUGAUUCCAGAAAUUUCAAAAAUGCAGUCUUUAAGUGCCUUUGAUAGGUUCAAAGCAAGUAGGAAAAUAAUGCGUGACCCUGAAACCGUGUUAAGUUUUUGGAAUUUGGAAGGAGAAGAUCGGGAGAACUUUGUGAGGUUUAUGUUGGAAGAAUGA